CCGCAUAGGGAGAAUCUGAAAGUGAUAAUGAAACCGUAGUUCCCAAAGAGGAGAGACAGCAAACCUAUGUCUCAUGGCCACGCAUGAAAGCAAGGAGGAGAAAUCCAAAGGAAAGCAGGUCCACGUGAGGGGAAACAACUCAUGGUAUCUCGACAAUGGGUGUUCCAAGCACAUGACGGGUGACAAAUCUAAAUUUCUAUCACGUGAAAACUAUGAUGGAGGAAUAGUAACCUUCGGUGACAAUAUGAAGGGUGAGAUAAUCGCCAAAGGAAAGGUUGGAAGGUCAAGUUCCCAUGCUAUCAAUAAUGUAUUUUUAGUCGAGAAUUUGAAACAUAACUUACUUAGCAUUUCUCAAUUUUGCGAUAAAGGUAACUCCGUAAACUUUACCUAUGAAAAGUGCAUUAUUUCUAGGAAUAACACAGGAGACACAGUUCUUGAAGGAAUCGGAAAAGGGAACACCUAUGUUGUGGACCUGGACAUUGUUUCCAAAACCAGUCUAUGUGUUAUAGAAGACGACCCACUUUUUUAG